GGUGCCCACCGGCGACCGUUGGACUCGUUGCCGCAGUGCCUUCCCGCGAUCUCCCGUCUUCCCCUUCCUCCAGCCUCUCGUUGGUUUCGUCCCGCGCGGGGCCAUAGCGACGGCGGGCGCCCCGGGGGAAGAUGGCGGCUCUGGUCUGGGUGCCGCCGCCGGCUCCGUGAGGGCGGCGCUCGCUCCUUUCCCCCUUCCCCUCCUCGCUCCUGCGCCCGGUCCCUCUCGGCUGCCCUCCGCUUCCUCGUCGGGGCCGGAGGGACGAUGUCGGACUCGGAGGAGGAGGAGAGUCCGGACCGCCAGCUCAAGCUGGUGGUGCUGGGGGACGGCACCACCGGCAAGACAUCCCUAGCCACACGUUUUGCCCAAGAGACAUUUGGAAAACAGUACAAACAAACCAUAGGACUGGACUUCUUCUUGAAAAGGAUAAUAUUGCCAGGAAAUUUGAAUGUUACUCUUCAAGUGUGGGAUGUAGGGGGGCAAACUAUCGGAGGCAAAAUGCUGGAUAAAUAUAUUUAUGGAGCUCAGGGUAUUCUCUUGGUUUAUGAUAUUACCAAUGGCCAGAGCUGAAAUUUAGAAGACUGGUAUAAUGUGGUAAAAAAAGCAAAUGAAGAAUCAGAAACACAGCCACUUGUGGCCUUGGUUGGAAAUAAAAUUGACUUGGAGCAUAUGCGCACAGUGAAGCUGACAAGCACCAACGGUUUUUGUCAGAGAAACAAUUUCAGUAGCCAUUUCGUGUCAGCCAAGACAGGAGAUUCUGUCUUCCUGUGUUUUCAGAGAAUUGCCGCUGAUAUACUUGGCAUCAAAUUAAACAAAGCAGAAUUGGAACAAUCACAGAGGGUGGUGAAGGCAGAUAUUGUCAACUACAGUCAGGAGCCGGUGACAAGAACCGUUAACCCUCCUAGAAGCUCAAUGUGUGCAGUUCAGUGACCACGCUGUUCUUCUCCGUUUUGAUACCUUUGGCGCUCCUCCUACCUUGGCACAGGCUCUGGGGUUACAAGGAACUUUGUUUAACAGUGACAAUCGCAACAAUACAAUUAGAGGUUUCAAAAACGUCUUGCACCAUUGUAUGUUGAGAAGCAGCAGGCAGCUUUUUGACUAGAUGACAUUCCAACAGGAGACCACACACUUUGAAAAAUUAAGAUCUUGGUUAUUUUAAUUAACUUUAAAUAAAGCAGUAUGUGUUUAUAUAUUUCCUCCUGUCUUGACUGAUAAAAAUGGGUGAAGUCUUGCAUUCAAAAUACUUUCCAAGAAAUCACCAUAGAAGGGUAUUUUGCCAAAGUAUUUUUAAAUUUUUUUUCCUCUUUCACCUGUGAUCUGAACUAACACUCAAUGAAAUGUAAUUUGGAAAAGCUGUUGCUGUAAUAAUUUUAAGCACAUAAUAUAUUUUAUCUAGGGAUAAUUUGGGAAGUAUUCUAUUAAUAUAUAUACAUAGUGCAAAAUGUAUAAAUUGUAUCCAGUAAGAAACAGUGCUUGAAAUAAAGCUGUAAUAUUAAAAUACAUACUUUUCUGAAGUCUCAAGUUAUCUCCAUGGAUGCUCUGAAAAAUGCAGGGGUUUCUGUGCUGUGUAUUUUUAUUACUACAUCAGCAUUACUUCUUGCAGUAGUAGAUACUUUCUUAUGUCUUCACAAAUAUGGAUGAAUCUCAGUCAACAGUUUGGGCUGUAAAUACUGAGUGAAAUAUUCAGCAUGCAUUACAAACUGUUGAUAGAUCAAUUAGGAUCAGUCAUUUUUAAUAACUAACUGAAUGACUUUUGGCCUGGUACUCUUCUCUUUCUAAUUCAGAUUAAAGAGAAAUAAAAAGCUGUCUGCUCUGUGAUCAUCACACUUCUCCCCUGUUCCUUUUAUAGCAGUCUCUUUAGACAUGCAGUUCUCUGCUGGCACGUCUGAGUACAGGGCUAAGGAGAGAAAAGAGUUGAUCCAACUUGAUUCCACACUAGAAAACUUUUCUUGUUUUAAAUUUAGAAUGUGAUUUUAUAAAGUACAAAAAAACACUUGGAGAUUUAGCAAAUUAAUGAGGCUGAGUGAAGGAAGCUUACGUAUCACAAGUGAAAAUGGUAAGGUACUCCUAAUGAAUGUUCCUAUUAAGCUGUUCCAGCAAGUGCUUAAAAUUUGGAACUAUUAAAGUAUUAAUAGUUUAAUAAAAGAGUUAAACUAUUUUAACUAGGUUUAAAGAAAAAGAUUACAGAUGGUGAAAAUGCAUUAUUUGUUUUUAUUUUGGUGUAUUCCAAAUUCAUUGAAAAGCUAAAUUCACUUUUAAACCAUUGAGUAUGGCGUUUGACACAGUUUUAUAACAGCCUGGUAAUAACAGUGUUGUAAUAUUUUAUCAUUCAAACAUGGGAAAUUCUAAGAAACAAGCAGAGAUAUUGAGAAAUUAUUCUACAAUAAGGCUGAUGUGAAUUUGCAGUAAAUAAUUUAUUCUAUGUUUACAGUUCAUGUUCUUGCUCCUGUCUCAUAGAGCUCAUGUCCCACCGUGUAUCUCUACCUUUUAGUUAAAUGCAGCAAAGAGGUGAACAAUCUUCCACUGCCAUCAGAAGAGGAGAACUUCUGUUCAAACAGUUUUUCUGAAGUAACUGCUAAGUUUACAAGUCUUCUGCCCUCCAAAUAUGUGGUAAAUUUUUUGAACCUCAUUUUUUGGUGUGUUUGUGUGCUGACCUCUACCCAUACAUUCACAAUUCCUGAGAAGUGCCUCCUCCCUGAGGAGAUAAGCCUGGCUCAGCCAGACAGCUUAGGGCCAUCUCUCUCUAGUGCACGAGUCAACUUUAAAGUCCUAAUUCCCAAUAAGAUGUAGCAUGGUCUUAAAAAACAAACGCUGCUUUUCUCUUAAAACCUUCUGUAGUCUUUUCAGAAGAGAAUGCUUUUUCAUACUGUUAUAGGUAAAGCCCAUUAUUGCUCUGAAUAAUAAAUUUUGUUUUUACAUUUGGGGUAAUCCUGCAGUAUGAUGGCUGUGAAACAUGUCCCGCUCCAAGCUAUUCUAUGGAUGGAUUCUAUGUCUCUAUCUCAUCACUAUCUUUUAUUCUCAAUGCCUGUUUUUUAUAGUCAUCUUUGGCUUGUACCUCCUUUUGUGCUUUGUUCCUAUUGAUCUUUUCACCAUUUGCUGUGUUAAAGCCGUGCCCUUUCUGAAGAUAUUUUUGUUUACAUUUCCAAGCUGCUCUCAUUCUUCCUCCCUAACAUACACAUAUGUUAUUUAUGCUAACCAGGAAUCCUGUCUUUUGUGCCCUCAGCCCCUCCUUUUGUUGCCCCUCUUAACCUCCUCAGAUUUUCUGUAUUGUAUACUGACUUCCACUCUCCCUGCCUUUCCAUACCCUUCCUGCCUUGUUUAGAUCCAUUACCUGUCCAGAUUUUAAUCCUUACAAAUUAGCUUUGCUCUUUUUACUCAGCCUGGGGACCCCACCUUGAGCCUUUGGAUUCCAGCUGCAGUCUAAAUCCUUGGCAGUGGUAGCUGCCUUUGAAGUGCUGCAGCAGCUGUGGGUGAAGAUUCAGGGGUGCCUUUGCCAUCAGUAUGGCCCAUGUUCCACCAGACUGAGCAGAAAGGUCAGAGAUAAUUCUGGAGAAUUAAGCAACAUAGAGAGAGCAGAUACUUCUGCAAGGAAGACAUGGGCUCUGGGGACUGGAGGGAUGGAAACACACUUAGUCAGAGAGGUGUGCAGGCGAGCCACCGUCUGUGUCUGAUCUUCCCUAGGUAAUGUCCCACUACUGAUGCACACAAUUCACAUAUGGUAGAGUUUAAGUAUGUGGAAUAUUAAUACACUUAAAAGCUUUUUGCAAGGUGUGAGCUGUUUGAAAGCAAUUCAACAACCAGUAAUGAAGUUAAGUAAUGCAGUGCUUUCCAAAAGUGAGGCAACAUAUGCUUAAUGUCCGUUGACGUGAAGAGUGGGUUGGGGUGGGGUGAAGCAUGUUUUUUCCUGAAGCUGAGGCCAGAUGAAAAGAAGAAAUGUGUUCAGGCUGUGAUCUUACACAGAUCCACAGUGGUGAAGUGAUCUGCCUGCUCAGAGCUGUUGUAACUAGUCAUUUCAGUAACAGCUCUGCAGCUAGAAAUAGUUUCUAAGUUCGGUGCCUCACUAGGGUCAGUCUCAUGAUGGGGUGGAUAGCAGCAGGUACCUUGUGCCUGGCUGUAUUUUAGGUUACUGGUGUUUUAAAACAUAUUUAAAGUGCUGUUAGGCUCAUGCAACUUCUUUUCUUUUGUGGUUGUGAAACUUGGUGGGGUCAAGUUGUCUUUUUCACUAACAGCAAUGUGAAGGAGUUUUCCCUUAUUAACACUGCCACGAGCGCCAGAACACGCGAUGAGUUCAUAAUCUCCUCUCCAAAUACAUCAUUCUUUUGAGAAUUCAUAAAAGUUAUGAAAACUUAUAAGGCUUCUUUUUAACCAGAAUAACUUUUUCUUUUAAAAGAAAAGUUCUUAAGGGCAUGUACAAUGUCACUAAAAAAAUUACAUAAAAUGUGCUCUUCUGAGAGAUUUGAAAAUUGGUGCUGUCUCUCUGCAUCAUUAGGCAUGUUUACCAAAAACCCUGUUCCAUAAAGCACUGUUUAGGUUUCACUGGAAUGAAAGGACUUUGUGGAUCAGGUGGCUUCUUUUAAAUGCAGAGCUAAUUUGCUUGUUGGAGUAAACACUGGCAAAUUCAGCCAAAAUUUUAUAAUAGUUUUAUAAUGAAAAAUAUGGGAGUAAUAUGGCUAUUCUUUCACUUUUAGAUUAUGAUAGCAAUUUAAAUAAGUCAAUAUAGUAUUUUUCCUUUUUACACUUAUUUUUUGGUAGGAGUAUGGUUGUUUAUUCACAAAGGAAGGUUUGUAAACUUUGUUUCAUGAUGAUUGUGACCUUUUUAUAGAAGUUGUAGUACAGAGUACUGUUUAGAAGGCGUUCCUAUUUCAUGUGGUGAUCUAAGAUCAAAGAUUUAGGUGUUGCUGGGAAGAGCAAGACCAAGCCUUGUUGCUGUGUAAGCUGUGCCUCGCUCGGAUUGCUGCUCCGAGCUGGCCCAACAACUGUAACAAACAAAUCAAAACAGAAUACCCAUAACUUGUUGUCUUUGACCCUUUCGAAGUAAAUUUUGGUAUAUCUAACUAGAACUGUACUUUCCUGUAUAUGUUUUGUCGUUGAAACAAGACUAAAUUGCUGAAUCUUAGCAAAUUUAUAAUAAUGGGAAAUUUUCUGCAGGAGGAUUUUUCCUAUUUAGGAUACUUGCCUUCAUUUCUGAUGUAGUUUUAAGGGUGUAUAGGGGGCCUGACGGAUGUGUUUAAGGCAAUAUUGACUUUUGUAGAAAAUAUGUUUACAAAGAUGAUGUGGUUAACUACUUUUCCUUCUGGAAUUUGAGUGUUAUUUCCCAAGUAAAGGGUUUAUUCAACGAUGUUGCAUUCUCUUCUUUCACAGUUCAAGUACUACUGCUUAACAUAUCAUCUGAUUUCUUUAGUCUGUCUCCACUUAAGACCAACUCAUAACCACUUGGAAUGUCAAAAUAGCUGAAUGUUACUGAAAAGAAAAAGGCAAAAUUUAUCCAUGUUUGCAUAGGGGUAAUGGUGUACAUAUGAGAUUAAAACUCC